AUGCCGUCGAACGACGAUGCGGACGCCAAGCAGAGGACCACCCUCCUACAGUCCACCGGAGCCUCCUGGCCUGGCUGCCCCCUCCAGGGUUGGGUUCCGCAAGACCAUCGUCUGAGCAAGCAACCCGUCGAGAAGUGGCCGAUCGCUUUGCUGCGCCUCAUCGAAGAGCUCGCUAAGAUCAGCCCGUCCCAGAACAUGAGCAACCAGACGCGUCGCCGUAUGUGUAUGGUCAUCAAGGAACUGUACCCGGUCUCGAAUACCCUGGAGGAUGCCAUCCGCGAUGCGAAGGACAAGUUCAUGAGCCUCUGGCCGACCAAGAAGCCCUCUGACAUACCAGUCAGCCUGUGCUACCCCAGUCCUGACGCGAUCGAGGACUUCGGCGCCUUUGACCAGCCCGAUGUGGACGCUCAGAGUUUGGCGGAUAAGGCCGUCCUCCAAGCCUACCAGAACGCCGUCAAUAAUCGUGGAGCGGCCUUCGGCGAUCGCAGCGCGGGUCCGACGAUCUCGACCCACCUGACUGUUCACAGGAGGAGGGACUGGUCCAACCCGGUCCGAGUCACUGGGGAGCUUUGGCAGAGCCCCGAAUUGCCGGUCAAGAGCGGUUAUGGCGACAUCACUGAGAAAGUCAAGGACAUCACUGCCAUCGAAGCCCACUUCCAGAUGCCGUUGUCUCAGUUCUGGAAGAUAGAGAAACUUCGUCCAGAAGAAGCGUACUUCAUCCCGGCAGCGGUCCUCCGUGGAAUCGUCUGCAUCACUGAGAAGUUUCCGACAGUCAAGCAUGACGAACUCUACAAGCUCAUGGUUCAGGAGAAGGCGGAGUCUCGGAAGCUUUGCCGCAACGCCAACUCGAAGAUGUGGCUCAACAUUACGCAGGCCAACAUUUUCAAAGUAUUGGCGAAGCUUCAGCAGCUGUACGACAAGACAACAUCGCAGACCCAGACGCUGGACAAUGGCGCGACUUCCCAAGGCUUCGACAAGCGCAACCACAGCCUGUCUCCCAAGCUAUCGUCCAGGAAGGCCCGGAAGCUGCCCCACACCGCUUCUACCGGCCAUGCUACUGGCCUUAACUCAAGCACUGGCCAGUUCCAGAGUUCGGCUGCUCGUCAGGAAGCUAAGAAGAAGGAGAAGGAGCUGCGCCGCGAGGAGAGGGAAGGGGAGGAAAAGAUGAAGGAACUCGAGGAUCGGAUCAAGGAAGACCAGGAGAAGCUCAAAAAGCUCCAGGACAGACAGAAGGAGAUUAAGGAGGAGAACCCAUUUGCCUUCACCUGUACAGAAGGCAAAUGGGUUCGGGAAGCACACUGUAUUACGCUGAAACUGCCAGUUGGCACUCAUUGA